GCCUCGCCGGGCAUGAUGCAGAGUGGCCUGUCGCGCGAGCUCUUCGAGUCGUGGUGCACCGACCCCAAGAACGGCGUCAUCAUCGCCGGCUACUGCGUCGAGGGCACGCUGGCCAAGCACCUUCUCUCGGAGCCGGACGAGGUGAACACCAUGUCCGGCCAGAAGCUCCCGCUCAAAAUGUCCGUCGACUAUAUCUCGUUCUCGGCGCACACCGACUACGCGCAGACGUCCGACUUCAUCCAGCAGCUGCGCCCGCCGCACAUCGUGCUGGUGCACGGCGAGCAGAACGUAAUGUCGCGCCUGAAGGAGGCGCUGCUGCGCGAGUACGCCGCCGACCCGCAGCGCGGCGCCGUCCAGAUCCACAACCCGCGCAACACUGUGGCCGUGACGCUGCACUUCCGCGGCGAGAAGAUGGCCAAGGUGAUGGGCACGCUGGCCAUGGAGCCGCCCACCGACGGCCGCCACCUCGCCGGCGUGCUGGUCAAGCGCAACUUCAGCUACCACCUGCUCUCGCCCGACGAGCUCGGCAAGUACACGGACAUGACGCAGAGCCAGGUGUCGCAGCGGCUGAGCGUGCACUUCUCCGGCUCGCCGCAACUGCUGCAGUACGUGCUGUCCAACAUCGCGGCCGACUUCGAGCCGGCCAAGGGCCGCCACCAGUGGCGCUUGUUCAAGGCCGUCACCGUCACGCUGGACGGCCAGACGGCCGUGCUCGAGUGGGUGGCCAGUCCGGGCGCCGACAUGCUGGCCGACGCCGUGCUGGCGGCCGUGCUGAAGGCCGAGACGACGCGCGUUGACGCGCCCACGCGGCCGCUCAAGUUCGACCGCAUGCACUACAAGGAGUGUCUGAUCGAGACGCUGCAGGAGAUGUUCGGCGACGAGUCGGUGCCCAAGUUCUUCAAGGGCGACAAGUUCUAUGUGACGUGUGGCGGGCGGCGCGCGGAUAUCGACCUGGCCGACAUGACGGUCACGUGCGAGGACGACGAGAUCUUCCGCAACACGGUGCACACGGCCGUCACCAAGCUGUACCAGUCGCUGGCGCCCGCCCGGCUCAACUGACCGGCGCCCACCUCGGCCCGACAUGGGCCGUGGGCGAGGGCUCUCAUCGUCAUACGCUGUGUUCGCCAUUGUGAAGUCGUUAAACGUGCUAUUAUUUGUAAUAAAG